AUGGUUGUAGGUGGUUUGACGAGACAAUCAGUGGUGUAUGGAGUAGAUGGGGAUGACAUGAGGUGGUUUUGGUGGUGUGUUCGGUGUUCAAAGAUGUUUGAGAUAAUACCCACGACACGACCUUUUUCUCUCCUCUCGCACAAGUCCAAAGCUUCUCUCUCGGAGACGGUAACCGGUGAUCGGCUAGAGAAACUAAGGCCUCAGAUCGGCUUUGCUCUCACCAGAUUCGGAUCCGAGGCAUAA